AUGAUUAGUUAUGACGUAUGUAUAGCGUAGACUCAAACGAAUGAAAGUUUGGUUUGAUAACAUUUUUUAGUAAAACGGUGUAAACUUCUGCAAUGGUGAAUUUCAAGUUGGUGAUGGUUUUAUUAUUUAAAGUCCAAGAGAAGACAAUGAUAUGUCAUUCAAACCAAUGCUGCACUGCUUAGAAGGUUCAAAAGUCAUCAGUGCCUAUCAUGGAUGAAGAACAUCUUUGUGAAGAUGGUCAUACUGUUAAGAAACUUUGGUUUUCAUUUAAUGCACAGGUAGGUGUACAUGGGACCUGUUCUCCAGGAAAAUUCCACCAAUGUUCAACACACCACCAGAAUCGCACUUUGGACUAUAGGCAACUACAAUCCACUAUUCAAACUCAUCAUAGAAACCUGAGUCUGGACUCUGUGCUCCAGAAGAUUCCAGAAACUGGGACUCGGCUUUCUACAUUGAACAAACGUCCUUUAGUUUUAAAUGAUAACUUGUCAACGGACACCACUUUUGCAUGUUCUCCAUUCUCCCAGAACUUGGUGCCUCCUGACCAAACCAGUGUAGCUUCAGAUGACAGUGGUAUAUUUAACUCUGACGAUACUGAUAGAACAACACCUUCACUCAGCUAUGAACUCAGAACCAAUAGUUUCUCCCAAUUAUGCUUAGAUUGUCCGUCUUCCCAGUUAGAUGCUGUUCCCAUGGAAACCAAACCUAAUCAAACUGGUUCAGUGAAUGAAAUAAAGCCAGAAGAGACUGAUCAGCUAGUUAUCCCAUCAACUUCAAUAGGUUCAAAUAGUAAUGAAUCUCCUGUCAUGCUUUUUAAAAAUCCUCCACCAAGAGAAUCCUGGUUACUGAGGCUCUUUGAGUCAAAACUUUUUGACAUGUCAAUAGCUAUCACUUAUUUAUUUAAAUCAAAGGAACCUGGAGUAUUAUCGUACAUAGGAAACAGGAUUUUUAGCUUUACUGACAAGGAGGUGGACUUCUUCUUGCCACAGCUAGUUAGUCUUUACAUACAUCAUGCUGAUAUUGCAGACGUCGUACAUGCUUACCUUAUCCAUAGAUGUAAGAAGAAUGCUGACUUCUCACUACAGCUGGUGUGGUUAUUGACAGCGUACUGCUCUGAUACGAAUGCUCCCUUAUGCAGAAAGUCUCAAGGAGUGAAACUGAAAAACAGGGUUCUCUUGGAGGAACUUAGAGCUAAUCCUCCUACCCAUGGAAGAUUUGUUUCUGAUCAUACAUCCUGUGUAACCAGUCCAACAACAACAAAGAAAACCCACCAAAGGUCUCAUUCAGAUGCAACAGGAUUAAGACCAGGAGGAAAUAAUGUUGGACAAGUAUCUGGUCACCUCACUCCAAAAGUAAAAUGGGUAUUAGGAGAUUUGUCCUCAGGUCAAGCCUUCAAUGGCAAAUGUAUUUGCUUUGAUAGCUGUAAAGGUUUGUGCAGUGAACUAAAAGGACAAAGGAUUCAAUGUCAUUGCCAGGCAUCACGGUUAGCUCCUGAAAAUGAAUUUGUUAAAUCGCUGAUUUCCAUUGGUCUACGUUUGAAAGCACUACCCACAAAGGAAUUGAAAACCCAGCAACUUCAGGCAGAACUCUCCUUAUUAAAUAUCAACCUUCCAGCAAGAGUCUGGCUACCUAUCCACUCAUCCAGCCUUUCACACCUGGUCGUCCGGGUCCCACCUCAAGCUGCUGUCGUGCUCAACUCUAAAGAUAAGGCUCCCUACAUUAUUUACGUCGAAGUGACUGAGGUUGAGAACAUGGAGACAAGUCCUAUACCAUCUAAAUUUGUGAACACGCUACGCCAAACUCGCUCAGAAGAAAAUUUGUUAGACUACUGCAGUCAUCAGGAUGUCUCUCCCAAUUCAUUUUCUGUUUAUCCAAAUGUUGAUAAUGAUGGUGAAUGCUGGAGCCUAGAAGAUGAUGAUGUUUCUGCUCAGUUACAGUACCUGAGGUGUCACAAAACUAGAGACAGAGAUACACUCUCCCAGUUCUCUCAAGACAGUGGUACUAGUGCAGACAGGGAUCCUGUUUUUAUAGGUGCUGGAGACAUUAGACGGCGACUUUCAGAAAUUUUUAACAUUCCAAAGACUACAUUCAAGAGAGAUCCAGAAGAUCCUUCUGCAGCUGCUCUUAAGGAACCCUGGGAGGACAAGAUUAAAAGAGUUCGGGAAUCUUCACCGUAUACUCACCUGCCUGGGUGGCAGCUUUUGGCAGUCAUCGUUAAGUGUGGUGAUGACUUGAGGCAAGAACUGAUGGCGUAUCAAAUCCUGGCUACUCUUCAGAAAAUAUGGGAACAGGAAAGGGUACCACUGUGGAUCCGUCCUUAUCAUAUCCAGGUAACAUCGUCAGACAGUGGCAUGAUUGAACCUAUUCUAAAUACUGUAUCACUUCAUCAGAUCAAGAAACAAAGCAAGAUGUCACUUUUGGACUAUUUUCUUCAAGAAUUUGGCCCUCCAACUUCAGAAGCAUUUCUAUCGUCUCAGAAAAAUUUUGUACAGAGUUGUGCUGCGUAUUGUCUUCUAUCUUACCUGGUUCAGGUGAAAGACAGACACAAUGGAAAUAUCUUACUGGAUGCAGAGGGUCACAUCAUUCAUAUAGACUUUGGCUUCAUUUUGUCUUCCUCUCCAAAAAACCUAGGCUUUGAGAAUUCUCCUUUCAAACUCACACAAGAGUUUGUGAAUGUUAUGGGAGGAUUGGGAAGUGACAUGUUCGAAUAUUUCAAGAUCCUCAUGCUCCAGGGAUUUCUUGCUGCUCGUAAACACCACGACAAGAUUCUGGCUUUGGUUGAAAUCAUGCAGGCUAAUGCUCAGCUGCCUUGCUUCAGAAAUGGAGCCAGUGCAGUGAAAGCACUAAAGGAACGAUUUCACAUUGGUUUAACAGAUGACCACCUUCAACUUCUCAUUGAUAGCAUGGUAGAGUCCAGUAUGCAUUCACUGACAACAAAACUGUAUGAUGGCUUUCAGUAUUUAACCAAUGGAAUCCUGUGAGGCAGAAUCUGAUUCUCAUUCGAGUGUUAACUAAAAGUAGUGUGAGAAACCAUCUUGAUUUAAUAUCAUGUAAAUACUUUCAGAGACUAUAACAGACAUAUUUAUGAUUAAAUAAUAUAAUUUGAGUACAAUAUUUUUUUCAAAUAUUAUUGUACAACUAUAAAUACCAAACAAUGUCUUGGGGUCCUGGGAAACAUCAUUGUAUUUUCUGAUGAAAAGCUUCUCAUGUCAACAAGACUUGUUUUUUUGUUUGUAUGUGUAAUAUUUUAUAUAGUUCUUCCUGUUACGUGCCAUUCCAAUCACCCUGUCAUUUGGAGUAAAAUCACCAACAGUUGUGUUUAACACAGGACAUUUAGUGAGUUAGAAACAUUUUUAGCUUAGGACCACUGGAUGUUCAUUAUUCCACUACAGUAUGUAAUAUACUUCACAAAUAGCUAGGAUGUAAAUUCAUCAGCCCUUUCGUUUUUCAUAGUUUAGUGCCCUACUCUGUUGUAUGAACUUGGUUUCCGUCUAACGAGUAGCCGUCUAGUGAUCCGUUGUCUGUGGUAAUAGUAAUUUUAAGAACCUUGGAGUAGACAUGAGAUGUCAGCUUGAAGACUUUAACUUUGUUUUUGCUUUUAUUUUGUGUGUAGGUAUGGUACUUUCAUGUUAUAAGGGCUUUGGAUGAUAACAUUCUCAAAAUAGUCGAAUAGAUAAGACUGUAGUAAGACCACAAGUCUUUUACUGCUAAAACCUUGAAGACAAACUAAGAUUUAUGUGACUGGAUUAUAUGUUGUAAUUAAUUUCAACUGAUGAACUUUAAAUCUUUUGUGAGAAUUAUAUAACGUAAUAUGUUUUAUUAGCUAAAGUGAGUUUUUUAAUCUUAUUUAUAUGUGUGUAAAGAUAAAUGUUGUGUGAGGUAUAUUUUGUGCCUUCUAAUUUUGAGGUCCAAUAAUUAAACAGUUGUUCUUAGAUCACUUUAUUCCAUUAACAAGUAAGGAUAUUAAUAUCAGUACUUGUAUUUGCCAGUCAUUAACAGUUAUCAUUUCUAGGAGUCUGUGUCAAAGAUAUUAGUAAAAGUGUUGAUAAUAAUUAAUUGUGCUACGUAAAACUGUUAAUGAAUUCACAGUGAACAAUAUUGAAUCUAUUCAGGGUUAUUAAAAGGAAAUGUUUUAAGACAUUUUUGUAAAUAUUCAAGUUUUUAGGCUGUGAUUAAUGGAAAAAGGAAGAAAAUUUAAAUAUUUAAAGUGGGACAUAAAAAGUUACUAUAUACAAGUUGUUUCGUUACUUUUUAUCUAUUGUAAAUAUUUUCGUUGUUUUUCCCAGAAAUUAAACACAUAGUUUAUAGAUAAUUUCUUAGUUUGUAGCUCCGUGUCUAAAGAAUUUUGUGAAAAUCUCAAAUGUGUCUUGCAAAUUUACUUAAGUCAUUAAAGUUACAUUAUUCAUGAUAAUUUGAAUAAAAUAUAUGUUGCUUAUGUAAGCAUAAGUAUUAAAAUUACAAGGGGCUAAUUAAGUAUUAGGAAGACUUACUUGAGAUUUUGAAGUUAUGGUAAGGUAUAAUUCUGUUAAUUAAUUCACUUUGGUUCUUUGAUAACUGCUACAAAUGAUUGAAAACCUGAAACUUUUGUUGAAAUGAAGCACUUAGUCUGUGAUUACGAAAACAUAGUAAACUGGAAUUAAAUUCUGUAAAGUAACAACAAUUGCUCAUACACUGUUAUCUGUUAGAAAGUUUAAAAGUUAUAAUUAAUUGUUAUUAAACUUAUCUUGGAAUGACUUGAAGGCCUACUUUUCUAGCCUGAAUUGUUGAUUUGAAGUUUGUGUUACUUAUUUGAGACAUCAAAUAUUUUAAUUCUGAUAUUAUCUGAAGUGUUUUUUCACUUUGCCUGUUAUACACUAAGUCCAUGUUAUUGCUUUAAAGUUAGAAAUAUUUAUUGUCACAUUUCCUGAAGUAAUAUGUCAUAAUAAAAUAUUUAUUUAAAUUAUGUAGAAUGCAGUGAGUUUUAACAAAGCUAACAUGCUUCCUUCACAUUCUCACGUGUUGUAAAUCUUAACUUUAUGUGGCUGGAACAGAUUGUUUGUGUAUUCCCCUUAAGUACUUGUCAUAAUUAUUGAAAAAUAUAUAUACGUCUGAUUAAAGUGGACUUAAAUAAAUUUUGUUGCACUUAAUUUCUCUAAAGAACAGCAUAAAAGAUUUUUAUUACUUGGCACUUGAAAUAAAGUAUAUAUUUACAAGAGG